UUUUCUUAGAAAGGGAUCAGGAAAUCUUUAUGCAACUCAUUGUUAAUACUAAUUUUAACAGCGUACCUCCGAGAUUCAACUACCGAACUGUGUUGAUCAUUUAUCUGGAGCUGCAGGUCUAAGAGAAAAAAAUACAUUAAAUGGACAAAUAGAAAAUUUCAAUAUUGAAAACUCAGUAGACAUUCUUUCUUGCAUGAGUGGAUCAAGAAACUUUGAUGGCUAGAGGAUCCAAGAAAUGUAGGCAUACCAACAGCCCAUAUUCUACUGAAAAAUAUCCUCACUUGAAGCCUGCAGUUGGAGUGAAAGAUUCUGUUCCUAAUAAAACAAGAGAAAUGAAGAAUUUACAAACAUUCAAAUCAGCAGACCUUGACUUACAAAACACAUGUGAGGAAGAGCAAGAAAGACUCGAUGGAAGUGAAAAUAACCACUCACAGGUUGAAGUAGAAGAGAACAGAAGCAAAAGUGGUGAACUGAAAGGAUCAGAAACCGUAUGUGAUGGCAGUUAUCAUGAAGGAUUAACUCAGCAGAGGAAGAGGGGAAAAACUGAUGAACAGCAGUUUCCUGCUCUGCAGAAAGGAGAUUCUGAUAGUAGCUGUCCUGGCUUGCAUAUGAAGGGAGUAAAGAAGAAUGAAAGUGGAAAACGGACAUUAAAAGCAUCUGUGACUUCACGUGUAUUUGCAAAGACCACCUCACUGGCUGGUGGUCUCCUACACGUGAAUGACAACAGCGGUUUAAGUGAAGGAGAUCAAGGUUGUGGCAGGUCUUCAAAGAAAACGUCUACUAAAAAAGACAAGGUCAAAGAGCAGCUUAAUUCUGUUGAUGACCUCGGUGACUCAUCUCUGGCACCGGAAACAGCUUCUGAGGAUCGCAAGUCGCUUUACCCUAACUGUAAGAAUACCCUGAGGCUAAUCGAACAACUUGGCCCGGAGAGGAAAGAUUCUGAUAGGUUAUUGAAAAUUCAGGAUCCAGUUCAUUCAUUCAGAUCAACAGAACUUAAAGAAUCUGACUGUGCACUACUUAGAGGAAAACUUAAAGAAAUGGAAAAUAAGGUGAACUGGCUACACACAGAGCUGCUGAAAACAAGAGAAGAAAAAUCACAGUUAAAACUUCAAAAUGUGGAGUGGGAACGAGAGCUCCGCCGCAUGAGAUUCACAUUAAAACAAGAAACAAAGAAGAAUAAAAAUGCUUAUACAUUAUAUGAAAAAUCUAAGGAUGAUUUAAAAAGAAAAGAGAAACAAUACGAUGAGCAAGUUUACCUGAAACAACAACUUGAAAGCACUGCCCGAGGACUGGAAUGCAAACUGAAGAGCGUAAGGAAUAAACCAAAUCAGGUUUUAGAAGAGCGAAAUGACGCUCAGAGACAACUUUCUCGAGAGCAGAAUGCCAGAGUAAUGCAAGAUGAAAUCCUGUCCCAUCAUCUUUCCCAACAAAAGGAGGCAGAAAAGGCUAAUAAGAAAAUGAAUGCUGAGGACACAAUGGAUUUUGAGCUGUCUGACCCAAAAGAUAGCAGCGAGGUGCUUCCUCAGCAACUUCCCAAAGCUGAACAUCAAUUCCGUGGCCCAGAAAUUGAGCUCCAUCCCAGGAGAGAUGCUCUUAGACCAACGACGUUGGUAUUAGAAUGUGUGAAUAGAGACCGAGGCCAAGCCCAGCGUUCAAACAAGGAAACUGAACCCUUGUCUCAGAGCAAACAAGGAGACAUCAACAGAUACAUUGGAAAGCAGGCAUUCUUGAAGGAGACAAUAUGUAAACUACAAAGUGAAAACACGUUGCUUCGACAGCGACUAGAAGUGGCUCAAAAUAAAGCCAGAAGUGAAAAGACAAUAUUUAAUACCCCAGAGCCAUUUCUGGAUCGCACGGGAAAACUUGAAGCCAUGAGCAGACGAGUUCUGAUGCUGGAGGAAGGAAACAUGGAGUUAAUUAAAGAAUGCAGACAUUUAAAGGACAGACUGUGUCAGUAUGAAACGGACAGAGCAGAAAUGGAAGCCCGUAUGAGACAGCUUCAACAAGAGCUGACUGACACCCAAAAGAAAGUGUCCAUGUUGGAAGCGUCCCUGGAGGUGACAGCACAUCAUCAAACUAACUCAGAAAACAAGAGACGGGAUGGAGAGAGGAAGUCACAGCAAACUGCGAACCCAAAUGCUGAUCUUCCAGCAAAAGAGGAAUCGACAUCUUCAGUACUUGUCCAUCUGAGUGGAGAAACUCAGCUUCUUCUAAAGGAGUUACUACCUAUGACAGAGAUGCAAAAGAAAUGUGAAGCACUAGAGGAGGAGAAGAAGAAGUUGGAGGAAGAAGUAGUAAACCUCAGAUGUCACCUCGAAAGGAACACGGUGGAACGCAGUCAAGUGGAGCAGGACAAACGGGAGACUGAAGAAGAAACGAGACAGGAUGUAGUAAAAGCACUGAAAAAACUCAAGCGAGCUGUGAAGUACAGACGGGAAACUGAAAAGCAAGGAAGACGCGAUGUAGUAGAAAAACUGAAAGAAAUCAGCCAGUUUCUACAGGCACAAGCAGCACUUCAAGAAAACGUGUUAAGAGAGUGCAAACGUGCUUCAGUCAGUCAAACGGAACAAAGAGUUAAAGAUCUGGAACCUGAACUUAAAAGUGAUUCUAAUGAAAACAAAUUGGAAAAGUACAAACAACUAUACCUGGAAGAGCUAGAAAAUAAAAAGUCUUUGGCAAGUCAGCUAACCUCGGCUAAUGAGAGGCUGGCCAAGAUGUGCACUAAGCUUCAGCUGGAGAAGCAGCACAAGAGCUCUUUCCCCGGCUUUGUUCCUACAAGGCCUGUUGGUGGACCGCCUUCUGCUGCUGGUACUAGCGCGGAGGCCAAAAGCAGUCCUACUCGAAGAAGGCGCUUCAGGACUUUUUCAGACCCUUCGACUAACUUUGAGCAAUCCCUUGUUCCGGAUGCUGAAGAAGUUGGAGAAGAAUACAGAUAGAGAAUUAAAAGAAGCUACUACUGAACUUGAAUCUAAGUCCUACAGACUCUCUAGUAGCCUUAAUGGACGAGUCAAGUCCAAGUCCAGAUCUGGUUUCGAAAGCACGUGAAGAAUAUGUGGAGAUUUUGAAGAAUAAGUAGAAUGAUCUGCAAGAUAAAUAGUAAACGUUUACCUGCUGGGCUGUUUGCCUAACAUUUCAUUUACUUCCCGUUAUGUAAGAUACUGACACUGUUUAUUAAGCGAAAAUACUCUUGCAUUCUCUGUGCAUGAUUAAAAUUGAUGUAGUAUUUUAAACCA